CCUAGAAGGGUUCCCAUAGUUUGGAGGCUGGGAUUCUGGAGGAUAUAGAAUGCCUUGAACAGAACAAAGCCUUUAUAGUUACAACUAUAUAGGGCUAUUGUGUAGUAAAAAUGUAAUAACUCUAGGCAAAAGAUACAAGGUGCAGCUUUUGCCAUUACGGUGCCUUCAUACCGAUGAGCAGUAUUUAUCAGUAAUUUAGUUCUGUUGUAAACAUUCAUAAAGGAUUUGACUGGCCACUAGCAGAUGAAAUAGACCAAUGCUCCUCUUGGCUCCCAGGCAAAAUGUCUGUCUGCGUUAUUUCAUGAAAAAUUAAGUUUGAUUGAAAUCCUAAAUCACAGAUGUGUAAAAUUAAAUUUAGAAGCUUAAACCACAUCAGCUGAAGCAAGAGCAAUUGAAAGGAGAGAGGUGGGAGAUAAAAAGUAAAGUAAAAAGUAAAAAGGAGGUACAGCUAACAGGAAAAUACUAAUCAUUUAUUAAAAUAAAUAUUCACUCAUGAUACAGAGAUUUUCUAUAAGGACUAUAUAUUUGUAGUCCAUUCAGUAAACAUUUAGAAAUUUGAGAGCUACCCAGUUAUACAAAUAUUUACUGUAUCUGUACAUUUUCAAUUUUAAGAGCAUGGGAGUUCAUAUUUCUUGGCAAAUAAUGAUUAUAGUUGUGCUACCAUCCCUUUUGUUUUAAAAGACACUUAAAUUGUGUACAAAAACAUCACCCAAACUAAAUAUUUGUUGAUUUACUUUAGGUUCCUAUGCCAUAAUAGUGAAAAUUAUAAGCACAAACUUCCUAGUCAAGAAAAUACUUAUAAAGUGAUUCUGAAUACUAAUAACUUGGGAUUGAUAGAUUCAUAAUCCAAAGAAAUCCCACCUUAGAUACUCUUAUUGACAUGAGGAUUGGUUACAUAAAAGGCUGUGCACUCUUUCUUGAUUUGUACAAAUCUGAUAAUGAAACUUUUUCAGGGCAGGCAUCUGUUGAAGAGGAAGAGACAGAACUCAUUUUUGUCCACAUUGGUGCCAAGGAAUUCACCAUACCAUGCAAUCCUGAGAAAACAGAUGCUAUGAUUGGUAUGAAUUCUACCUACAAAUGGAGCCUGGAAAAUAGAGGAGACCUAACUCUUUCUGGUGCCUCCCUGAUUUUGCAUGAAUUUCGUGCUGAGGACAGUGGACACUAUACCUGUUCCAUCUCUUUCACAGAGGAAGACCAGCUCCAUACUGUGACUUUCUCUCAUAUUGUGGUGGGAUAUCACAUACGUGGAGAAUUACAGGUCCUCCUGAUUUUUCAGAGCAACUCAUGUGAUAACUCAUUGAUGCAUGAGUUUGUGAAGAUUCUACGCACACAACUGAGUCAAUUGGUAUCCCACCUACAUUGUGAGCUUCUUUCUGAGAGCACCACUUGCUUUCCUACUGUGGAGAAGCCUUUAGAUGAGUUCAACCUCCAAGUAGAGCUAAAAGUAACUCCAUUUGGAAAGGGCUGGGAUAAAUCCUGCUACCCUCAGGUUGAUUCAAUGGCAUUAGAAUGUUACCACUCAGCAGUCCAGAAUAAUCUACAGGAGGCCAAGGAAGCCAUGACUGAAUUUAUGGAUAAGAAUAAACACUUUUCUCUGGAAACAACAAAUGGUUCCCAUGUUUCUUUUGUCAACACCUUUUUCAAUUUCUUAGAAGAUGGAAAGUGCCAGGAUGGUUAUGGACAGACACAGGUGCUACAGGCACGCUGUCCCGACUGCUGUACUUUGUGCCCUCCUGGAACAUACAGUGUGGCUACCACUGACAGCUGUGUCCUCUGUCCAGUUGGGAGCUAUAGCUUGCACUAUGGGACAGUCCUUUGUAUUUCAUGCAACCACAGUUGGCUUACCUCACAUCCUGGUGCCAGAACAUCGGCAGACUGUAUGAAUAUGAGAGUCCCUCCUUCACGUCGAUUUUCUGUAGUGAUGAUUGCCUUUGCCGUGCCUCCACUUGGUUGUCUCUGUCUCAUUGUGCUCUGUUGCUAUUGCUUCCGUCGUCGCUGGCAGAAACACCAUUCUUCUACUAACGUUGAUGGACAGACCAAAGUACAAGAAGAAACUCCAGCUUCUGAUAAUGACACUGCCCUUGUAGCCACUGAAGAACAACAUUCUCUCCCCUUGCCUUUUUCUACUUCUGAACAUCCCAACAAUGAAGGGGGCAUGUCUCCACCUCAUUCCAAGCUAGAACCACAGGCUCUUCCUGGGUUGGCAAAUCCUGGUGCCAGAAGUCUUUUGUCGUCAUAGCUUUGACUUGCUUUGAAUGAUGAUUCCCAAUAAAUUAUUAUCCAGGAA